AUGGAUCACCCCAUAACGAGAAGGUCAAGCGAGUCUGCUUGGCGACAGUUGCGUUGCAACUCGAUGCACCACAUCCGCGUCGCAACCGCAAUCCCCUCAACCUUCCAGCCGCCCAACCUCUCAAAUCAAAACCCCCUCACCUCACCCUCCUGCGAUUUCCACCCCUCCUGCAGGCGACUUUCCGAGCGAGGAGACGACAGAUCCAGACAUAGGCGACGGAUCCGACGAUCAUAUUCGUUGCACACCAUGGAUGCGCGACCGGUGGUCGUCGUAGUGGGCGCGGGAAUGGCGGGCGUGACUGCCGCACGCACGCUGCAGCAAUCGGGGUGCGUACGCGUGGUGCUUCUGGAGGCGAGUGGCCGGCUGGGAGGCCGCAUCCACUCCGCCACGUUCGGGGGCGACCUGGUGGAGGCCCGGAAACCCAGAACAACUUCUAGCACCAUCUCUCUCGCAUCGUCUCUCUCGCGCCGUCUCUCUCGCGCCGUCUCUCUCGCACCGUCUCUCUCGCACCGUCUCUCUCGCACCGUCUCUCUCGCACCGUUUCUCUCGCACCGUCUCUCUCGCACCGUCUCUCUCGCACCGUCUCUCUCGCGCCAUCUCUCUCGCACCGUCUCUCUCGCACCGUUUCUCUCGCACCGUCUCUCUCGCACCGUCUCUCUCGCACCGUCUCUCUCGCACCGUCUCUCUUGCACCGUCUCUCUUGCACCAUCUCUCUCGCACCCUAUUCCCCCUUCUCGCCCCCUCCCCCCACUGUCUCCCUCUUUCUCCCCCUCUGCCCCUCACCCCCGAUACGUCUCUUUCCACCACCAUCUAGCUGGGCGUAUAUUACAUCCACGGCAUCCACAAAAGCCUCCUCUACGAUUUUUAAGAAAUCUCAAAACUCCUCUCCUCCUUCACCAUCAUUCUCCCCUCCUAAUCCCCCCCUCCUCCCCACCUCCCCCCCUCCUCCCCCCUCCUCCCCCCCUCCUCCCCCCUCCUCCCCCCUCCUCCCCCCCUCCUCCCCCCUCCUCCCCCCCUCCUCCCCCCUCCUCCCCCCCUCCUCCCCCCCUCCUCCCUCCUCCUCCCCCCUCCUCCCCCCCUCCUCCCCCCCCCUCCCCCCUCCCCCCCUCCCCCCUCCUCCCCCUCUUUCCCCCUCCUCCCUCCCUCCUCCCUCCUUCCUCCCUCCCUCGUCCCCCCCUUGCUGUCGAUUAA